AUGGAUGAAUUGGAAGAAGCUCGUCGAAGGAUGGAAGUCCUGAAAAGAAGCAGCAGUCGUCGGAUGUCUAGACUCAGAAAAGAUGACGACAAUGAUCGGGUUCUUAUCGGCACUCGAAUCGGCGAGGAUCAUGUCAACUAUGUGCUCAUGUAUAACAUGCUGACAGGCAUCCGCGUGAGCGUAUCACGAUGCAAUGCAAAACCACAGCGCGCCCUAGUUGAUGAUGAUUUUACUGCUGCACACAAAUUAGCCUUUGACAUUACUGGUAAUGAAUUGACCCCAUCAUCUAAAUAUGACUUCAAGUUUAAGGAUUAUGCACCUUGGGUAUUCCGCCACCUUAGACAGGAUUUUCAUAUUGAUGCCUCGGAUUAUUUGGUCUCAUUGACUAGCAAAUAUAUCCUGUCAGAGCUUGGCUCACCAGGUAAAAGCGGUAGCUUCUUUUAUUUCUCUCAAGACUAUCGUUUUAUCAUCAAAACUAUCCAUCACGCGGAGCACAAGUUCAUGCGGAAGGUUCUUAAAGAUUACUAUAACCAUGUUAAGCAUAAUCCACAUACACUUUUAUGUCGUUUUUUCGGACUGCAUCGUGUCAAAUUGCCUCAUGGGCGCAAGAUUCACUUUGUUGUGAUGGGCAAUGUGUUUCCUCCUAAUAGAGAUAUCCAUGAGACAUAUGAUCUCAAGGGCUCUACUUUAGGACGUGCAAUUAGCAACGAAGAACUCCAAAAUAACCCUCGAGCGACUCAGAAGGAUCUCAAUUGGGUCAAUCGUAACCGGAAACUCGAACUGGGUCCUGAAAAACGCCAUCUGUUUGUGGAGCAGACUAAGCGUGAUGUAGAGUUAUUAGCACGUUUGAAUAUCAUGGAUUACAGUCUGUUAGUUGGCAUUCAUGAUAUUGAACGUGGCAAUAGAGAUAACAUCCGUGACAAUACCCUCAAAGUCUUCCAUCCCGAUACGUCCAAACCACUUCCUAAGGAGACUACGCGAAGAGAUAAGCGCGAGAGCAAAGUGAGUGCGUUAAGAAUGGCGGUGAAAGCGUCUGAUCCUGUGGCAUUAGCACCAUCUACGUUGCCGUCGGAUCCGUUUUCAGAAAGAAGGAAUUGUAUCUUUUAUGCUGAUGAUGGAGGGUUGUUAUCGACAAAUGAACAGAACGAGGCAGGAGAAGAUCUCUAUUAUUUGGGUAUCAUUGACAUUUUAACGCCGUACAACUAUGUUAAGAAAAUUGAGCAUCUUUGGAAGAGCAUAUGUCAAGACAAGCAUGCAAUCUCAGCGGUGAAUCCGCAGGAGUAUGGACAGCGGUUUUUAAGCUUUAUGAUCCAUGCUAUCAAAGUCAACCAUGAUGUUCUUGCAGUCUUAGAGAAGAAUAGCCAUCCACAUUCGGAAUAG